GAUUAAGCAAAGUUGUAAUUCGUAAUCGGCCGAAAACCGCCUCCACACCCUUCGUCCCAAGCCAUUUCUCCAUUCUUCGAUCCAUCCGCUCGUAUCUCAUUCCCACUCUCAACAGCUUGUGAACGAAAACAUUACACCUUUUUAGACAAACUUGGAAAGCUUCAACACCCACCUAGACCAAGCGCAAAACCAUGGCCCCCAAGGGAGGAAACGCGAAAAAGGAAUCCGGAAGGGCCAAGAAGGCGGAGAACGAGGAAAAGAAAAAGACUGCUGCUGAAAAGUCUAAAGAGGCCAAGGAAGCUGACGAGUGGAAGUCUGGCUCCAAAGGUGCUUCCAAGACCGAUGCCGCUGCUGCUAAAGCUGCUGAAGCUGCUCGAAAAAAGGCCGAACGCGAAGCUCUCCUCGCCGCUGAAGAAGCUUCCCUUCAAUCCAAGAGCAAAGCCGCCCCCAAGGCAGGUGCCAAGAAAAAGCCUGCCGACAAGCUGGUUGCGACAGGGACAGGUGUCGCCGGCUACUCUGUCAGCGACCCUCUCAAUUUGAGAAAGGCAAAGGGACCUGAUGGGGAGCCCGAGGAAGUCAAGGAAUUGAGUGCCAAGGGAAUUGACGAGAUGCUUGAAGCUCUGGAGCUUGUAAACCAAAAGACGGACAAGGCCACCGUCGGAUCCAAGGCUGAGAUUAUGGUUGAUCCUCAUCCAGAAAGGAGGUUCAAGGCCGCCUUUGAAGCCUAUCUGGACCGUGAAAUGCCUAUUCUCAAGCAAGAGCACCCUGGUUUACGACAGAACCAAAUGCGCGACAUGCUGUACAAGCAAUUCCAAAAGGCACCUGAGAAUCCUUUCAACCAAGCCAAGAUAGCUUACAAUGCCACCAAGGACGAAAAGGUGGAGGCGUACAAGAAGAUUAUGGAAAGUCGUGAAGCCAAGUUUAGUCGGGCGUAGAUGCAAGUAUGGUUAUGUGUUGUUGGAUAGAUCUGUAGCAUGAAUAGCAUAUUUUCUGGUCGUGUGAGCAUGAAAUAGAUGGUGGGAUAUAAAUCUACCUCUGCAUUGACCC